AUGCUCGAACCUUUCGGUCCCAAUGUGGUCUCCACCGAUGGUAACCUAUGGAAAUCUCAUCUCCGGGUCACUGUACCCCCACUACAAGGCGAUGCUGUGCAUCGAACUGUUUGGACAGAGACUUUGCAUCGAAGCGAGAUUCUGGCCACCCGCUGGAAAGCAGCAGCAGAAGGGAAAGCAGCACCUUCCCUCCGGGAUGGGGUUUACGAUUUGACAGUCAAUGUCAUGUCCGUUGCGGGGUUUGAAAAACAGUCACACCAGCAACUGGAGAAGGGGGAGGAAGAAGAGGAGGAUUCGACUUAUUCUUCACCCCUGGGCCAUCAUCGUCUGUCGCUAGUGGAGUCAAUCUUCCUGGUAGUGACUAAUCUGCCCAUUUUCGUGCUGGUCCCGGCUUGGCUAGUCCGAUUCUGUGCGAACACGGUAUAUACGGCGUAUUCUGAGUUGAACCAGUACAUGGACGAGCUUCUGGCUCAAGAAAAGGCCGUUACAGAGAGACGCCAGGAGGCCAAGAACACGACUAGGGCCAAAGGAAAUCUACUCACUGCCGUUGUCGAAUCCAACAAUCAACAACCGGAGCUCAAGACUUCGGGCGCAGUGUCAGGUCCUGUAGGACGCACCCGGUUAACAGAUGUUGAAGUCAAAGGGAAUGUGUUCAUGCUCCUAUUGGCAGGAUACGACACCACAGCUAAUACGAUACUCUUUUCGACCAUCGUGCUAUCACUGAAUCCUCCCAUCCAAGAUGCUGUCAUUGCUGAGAUCCGCCAGGUGCAUCGUGAAGCCGUGGCUGCCGGGCGAUCUGACCUCUCUUAUGACGAAGACUUGCCUAAAUUCCGUUAUCUAUUAGCUUUCAUGUACGAAGUCAUGAGGGUCUUUCCUAUCGUCAUUCCUAUCACCCGAUUAGCGGUCACAGACCAGGACCUUGUUGUCGAUGGGACCAAACAUACCCUUCCUGCCCAGACACUCACUAUCGUCAACAAUACGGCCAUUCACCACAAUGAGGCUAACUGGCCCUAUCCUCACAUCAUUGAGCCUCGACGCUGGCUGACGACCAACCCAAACACCUUUGACCCGACCAACACCAUAACCACCAAUACGACUUCUCCAGAUGAUCCUCAUCAGCCAGCAAAAACAACAACCCCCCAGCCUACGGUCACCUCCGCACGACCGGGGACAACACAUCGUCGCGGAACCUUUAUGACUUUUAAUGAAGGUCCUCGCGCAUGCCCUGGGCGACGUUUCGCCCAGGUUGAGUUCGUCGCGUUCUUUGCCCAGUUACUGCGGGACCAUCGGCUGGGGUUAGUGAACGACUCAACCACAGAUCGGGAAGAUUUGGAGCGCCAGAUCCGUCUGCUCGGGGGAGGCUCACCGGUCACAUUGGUGCCCCCUGUCGAUGUAAAAGUUUGCUUAUUAGCAUGUUGA